AUGAAUAAAAAAAUCUUUAUGCUCUCUAUGAUGAUACUAUUAAUUGAAUCAUAAUUUAGUAGAGAAAAAUGUACCUGCUAAGAAUUGCUAUCAGAAGAUGAUUGCAAUUAUAAUAUCUUAACUAAAUGUUCAUGGGAUGGAAAAAAUAGCAAAUGCAAUAUUUUUACCACAACCGAUAACCCAAUCAAGAAAUAUCUAUAAUAUUGUGAUUCUUAUAAUGAGAAUGAUUGUUCUUAAAAAUUAGGUUGUGCUUGGUUGUCUAACAAAUGUAUACUUUUUACAGGUUGUACAGCCUAUGCUAAGAAAGAUAAUUCUGAAUGUUAAGCAAUAAAUAGAAGAUGUAUAUCUGAUGGAACUCAUUGUGUUGAGAUUGAUGCUUGCAAUACUUAUAAAAAAUAGAUCUCAUGUGUCAAAAAUGCAAAUAAAAAACUUUGCUAUUGGAAUUCUUAAAAUAAUAGUUGUGUUGAUGCUAGUACUUGUGAUAAAUUACCAAAAAUAUUUGCAAUAGAUAAAGAAUGCAGGGAUGUUAUUUCAAUUUGUACUGUAAUUCCCUCUGGUGGAUGUGUCGACAGCGGAAAUGAAUGCAGUGAUUAAAAAUUAGAAAUUCAAUGUUUUUGGAAUAAAUUAAAAACUACUGCUUGCUAUUGGGAUGGUUUUGCGUGUAAAGAUAGAAUUUGUGAAAAUGCACCAUCUAGUUUUACAACUGAUGAUGCUUGUAUUAAAUUUAGAACUGAUGGAACCUGCACUACAUAAGCAAAUGGAGGAUGUGUGACAAGAACUACAUGUGCUGAUGCAAAAAUUGAAGAAUCAUGCAUCAAAAAUAGUUCAGGUGAUGAUUGUUAUUGGACAGGAACUACUUGUUUCGAUAAGACAUGUGUAAAUGCUCCAAUUACCAUGACAACUAAUUCAGCAUGUGCAGGAUUUGUUACAGGAUGUAUCACUAAAUCUGGUGGUGGCUGUGUUGCUAAUGGUGCUUGUUCUGUUGCUAAUGUUCAAGCAGCUUGUGUUAAAAAUUCAAGCAAUUUUGAUUGCAUUUGGGAUACAACUUGUAAAGAAAAAACAUGUGCCAAUGCCCCUACAACUAAUAACACUCAUGAUUUAUGUACUUCUUAUUUAUCUACUUGUACCGUUAAGUCAGGUGGUGGAUGUUAAAAUAGAACAUGUGCCAAUGCUCCAAAAACAAUGACUACCAAUGAUGCAUGUGAAGCUUAUCUAACUGGAAAUAAUUGCAUAACAAAAUCAGGAGGUGGAUGUGUUACAAAUACAACAUGUGCUGCAAUAACUUUAGAAGCUGCUUGUGUUAAGAAUUCUUCUGCAUCAACUUGUUUCUGGGAUACUGCAAGUUCAAGUUGUAAAGAUAAAACAUGUCUGAAUGCUCCAGCAACUAACACUACUCAUGAUCUCUGUUAAGCCUUCUUAAAUACUUGUACAGUAAAUUCAAUAUAUGCAGGAUGUGUCGAAAAAACUUGUGAAAAUUCAUUAGCAUAAUCUUAUUGUGAUAAUGAUACAAGCAAUAGAACAUGUAUUUGGAAAGGAAAAUGUUAUAAAAAAUAAUGUGUUUUUGCAUCAUCCUUUAUAAAAACUCAUGCUGAUUGUUAAGCUUAUCAUUCCUCUUGUACUUUAAGUAAUUCAGGUACUGGGUGUGUUCCACUCCCACUUAAAUGCGAAGCUAUCACUAUUGAAGCAGCUUGUUAAAUGAAAUCUAAUAAGAAACCAUGCGGAUGGAAUGGAUCUUAAUGUAUUGAUAAAGGUUGUUCAACUGCAUCAAAGACAUUCACAACUACUACAUAAUGCAAUGAAUACUUAUCGAUUUGUGUUGCUAAUAAUCCUAUAAUUGUUAAUGGAGUUUCAAAAAUUGAAGGAUGUUAAGAUUUACCAAAAUCUUGUACAUCUAGAAAAUCUGUUGAAAAUUGUGAAAUUUCAAGAUUUGGAUACCCAACCUGUCUGUGGGUCUCAUUCACUGAAUAGUGUGUUGAAAAAUCUUGUGCAACAGCUAGUAAUUUGGAAACAGCUGGAGCACUAUAAGGAGAAUUUACUUUUUCUGGUUGCCAAGCCUAUCUAAAUACUUGUAUUUCAAAUAAUUCUGCUGAUGGAUGUAUAGUUAAGCCAUCUAGUUGUUCAUCAUUAGUUUAAUCUAAUUGUUAUAUUGGAUCUAAAGUAGGUGGAGAUUGUUAUUGGAAUGGCAAUAGUUGUGUUGAUAGAAUUUGUUCAAAUAUUAUCCAAACCACACAUGCUAAUUGUAAUGCUGUAUAUUAUCCAUGCACAGUUAAUAAUUUAGGAACUGCUUGUUAAUCACUAGCAACUAACUGUACAUCUUAUUUAAGCUAAGAAAAUUGUAAAAUAACAGAAAAAUAUGAAUAUUGUAUUUGGACUGGAUUCUCUUGCAGAAAUGCCACUUGUGCUGAUGCUCCAGAUUCUUCAUCAUAUGAUAGUGAUUCAGAAUGCUUUACUUACCCGACACCAAGUGAAAAAUGUACAGUCAUCUACAAAGUUGGAGGUUAAGGAUGUGUAAAAAAAUAGGCAAAUUGUUCAGAUUAUAAGACAUAAACCUAGUGCCAUAAAACUAUCACAAAUUUAACAGUUGAUGAUGAUUGUAAAUGGGUUAUUGAUAAAUGUUAUGAAUUAUCCAUUUUCACUUUUGGAACAUGCAGAUAAUUCAAGGGCACUUAGAGAAUGUGUCAAGAAUAUAAAGAUGGAUGUACAAAUAUAUCUAGUGCAGAAUCUUCAGUUACUUGUACCUUAGAUUGUAAUUUAAAAAGAGGAUCAGGUUUAACAUUUGCAGAUUGUUAAGCAUUAGAUUAUACAUGUUCAGUCAAAAAAGAUGGCUCUGGUUGUAUUUAUAUAUAAUCUACUUGUUUUGGAUAUGAAUCAUCAAUAAUAAAUUGUUUUAGAUCUAGUGCAAGUGGAAAUGCAGGAUAUUGUGUUAUGAAUGAUUUUUCAUAAUGUCAAUCUGUGAAUUAGGCCUCAGAAUGUAGAUAUGUAACUGGAUUAAUUGAUAUGGAUCAUCGUAAAUGUUAAUUAUAUCACUUUGAUUGUACAGCUUUAAAUGAUGGAACUGGAUGUUAGGAGUAUAAGAGAGCUUGCUCCGAUUAUGAAACUGCAAACAAUUGUUCUAUUUCUGCAUAAGGCAAAUGUUUCUUUGAUGGUAUCUAUUGUGUACGUUUUUCAAAUUGUGCUUCAAUUAUUGGAAUAGGAUUAAAUAAUAUUAUUUGUUCAACUUAUCACCCAGGUUGUACUGCAAAUGCUAAUGGAACAGCUUGUUAAGAAAAAAUGCCUGUUUGUGAUCUAUAUUUUAUGCAAAAUUCCUGUACUAUAUCAUAAGCUGUAGCAACAGCAGAUAAAUGUGUUUGGACUGGAACUUAAUGUAUUACAAUAACUAAUGUUGCUACUGAUUGUACUUAUGUUACUGGAUAUGAACUUACAGAUCCAAUAUGCGCCUCAUAUCACCCUGAUUGUACAGCAAAUAGAUAAGGAACAGCAUGCCAAGAGAGGCUAACCACUUGCGAAUAAUACAUAACAUAAUUUAAUUGUUCAACAUCAACAUUUUAUAAAUGUGUUUGGACAGGAAAUUAAUGUAUUCAUGUCACUAAUGUUGCUACAGAUUGUGCAUAUAUUACUGGAUCUAAACUUACAUAUCCAAUAUGCGCCUCAUAUCACCCUGAUUGUACAGCAAAUAGAUAAAGAACAGCAUGCCAAGAAAGGUUAACUACUUGCGAAUAAUACAUAACAUAAUUUAAUUGUUCAACAUCAACAGAUACAGUUACAUUUGAAUGCGUUUGGACUGGAAAUUAAUGUAUUCAUGUUACUAAUGUUGCUACUGAUUGUGCAUAUAUUACUGAAAAUGGACUUACAGAUACAAUAUGCGCCUCAUAUCACCCUGAUUGUACAGCAAAUAGAUAAGGAACAGCAUGCCAAGAGAAACUAACCACUUGUGAAUAUUACAUAACAUAUUUUAAUUGUUCAACAUCAACAUUUUAUAAAUGUGUUUGGACAGGAAAUUAAUGUAUUCAUGUCACUAAUGUUUCUACUGAUUGUGCAUAUAUUACUGGAUCUAAACUUACAGAUCCAAUAUGCGCCUCAUAUCACCCUGAUUGUACAGCAAAUAGAUAAGGAACAGCAUGCCAAGAGAAACUAGCCACUUGUGAAUAAUACAUAACAUAAUUUAAUUGUUCAACAUCAUCAUUUUAUAAAUGUGUUUGGACAGGAAAUUAAUGUAUUUCUGUUACUAACGUUGUUACUGAUUGUGUAUAUAUUACUGGAAAUGAACUUACAGAUACAUUAUGUGCCACAUAUCAUCCUGGUUGUACUAGUCUAAAAGAUGGUACUGGUUGUUAAGAAGCAAAACCGAAUUGUAAAGAUUAUACUUCAUUUAAUAAAUGCUUUUUAUAAACCACUGCUCUUCCUUCAUGUAUUUGGAUUGAUAACUCUUGCUAUCCCAUCACUGAUGCAAAUUGUAGUGUAAUAACAGGAUAUGGACUUGAUCAUGCUCAAUGCUAAGCCUACAGCACAGGUUGUACAUCAAUUUCAGAUGGAAGCAAAUGUUAAGAUUUUAAAUCAACUUGCGAAUAAUAUCCAGGUACAACUUUAGGAUGCACAAAAACAUAUCCUUAAAAAUGUUAUUUAUACGGUUCUUCUUGUAUCGCUAUUUAAAAUGUUGAGACUGAUUGCGCUAAAAUAACUGGGUCUGCUGGAGCUAUAACAUACGAAAUUUGCUAAUUGUAUAAUGUUGGUUGUAGUGCAAAUAGAGCAAGGAGUGCUUGUGUAUAAUUAUAAGCAUAAUGUUCAGGAUAUACAAGUGCAAUGACAAGUUGUUAUAAAUCAAGAGCUGGUUUAUGUAUUGCAAGUACAAAUACAGAUACUGCUUGUGUAGCUGCAUCAACUGCAACAACUUGUGAUGUAGUAUAUUUAGGAGCAGGAAAUUACAGCAGUGCAAAUUGUAAUGAAAUGAAGGCUGGAUGUACAAAUAAUGGAACAACUGCAUGUGUAGCAAAAACUUGUGUAAAUGCUGUGGUUACAUUUAAUCAUCCAAAUUGCAAUAAUUAUCUCAACACCUGUACUGUAAAUUCUGGAAACAGUGCAUGCCAAACUAUUGCAUCUAAAUGUGCAGAUUAAACUCAAGUUUCUUGUCAAUACUCAUUUGAAGGAGAAUGUGUAGUAGUAGGUACAUCAUGUGUUAGAAAGACUUGUGAUAAUGCAGCAAUUGAUGUUACUAGGGAUGAUGACAUUGAAUGUUCAACUUACUUGUAAUCUUGUACAGUAGCUAGAUUAGGAGGUUGCCAAGCCAGAGCAGCUUGCUCUUCUUAUAUAUCUUCCCUCUAAUGUAAAUUUAAUACUAGUGGUGGAAAAUGUUUCUGGAAUCCUACUUUAAGGAUUUGUGUUGAUUUGAAUUGUGUUAAUAUUGAAGCCACAACUUUAUUUGAUACUCAUAAUGAAUGUGUUGUUGUUGAUGAAAUACUUGCCUGUACAGUAAGAGCUAGAGAUGGAGCUGCAAUUUAAGGGUGUAUGGCUAGGGGAGCAUGCAGUUCAUAUACAAUUGAAGAACAAUGUAAAACAAAUGCAAGUGGUGAUCUUUGUGUUUGGAAUACAAAUGCUAAUUUACUAGCACCUGCUUGCUAAGAUAAGUCUUGUACCACUGCUUCAACAUCCACUACAACUCAUUAUGAUUGUUAUGCGUAUUAUGAAACUGCAACAGUAAAGUGUACUGUUUUUGCCACUCCAAGUAAUAGUGGUGGUAAUCCAAUUUUAGGAGGAUGUUAAUAGACUACUGAUUGUUCAAAUUAUAUUGAUAUAGAAUAGUGUUAAAUCAACGCUAAUGGAGAUCCAUGCGUAUGGAAUGGAACAUCAUGUGCUGAUAAAUCUUGUGCUACUGCUCCAAUAGAUUAUGAUGAUGAUACUAAAUGUAGAACUUACAUUACUAAUAAAUGUACAGUCUCAGAUUCUGGAUAUGGAUGUGUAGAUAUUCCUGUAACUUGUGAGACAAUGAAAUAGAAUUAAUGUUAUUAUAAUAAAGCUGGAGAUCCUUGCUAUUGGACAGGAAUAGAAUGUAUUAAAAGAUCAUGUGAAAAUGCUCCAGAUACUACAUUAACUGCAGAUGAUUGUAAUACAUAUUUAACUGGAUGUACUUUGGAUAAUAUAAAAUGUAAGACAAAAAUUUGUGAAGAUUUUGAAUUUGCUACAGAUUAUUUAUGUAAAUAAUCUAUUUCUACAUGCACAACAAAUGGAAAGAAUUGUGUUACAAGAGGAUCAUGUUUAUAGGCUUUAGAUAAAUCUGGAUGUAUUCUUUCAUCAUCAGGGGAAUAAUGUGAAUGGAUUCCUGAUGAUGACAUUAAUUCAGCAUAUUGUACUAUAAAGACUUGUUCAACAGCAUCAGAUUCUUUGAUAACAGAAGAAUAAUGUUAAUAAUAUUUUCGUAAUUGUACAACCAAAAAAGGUGGAGGAUGUGUUGAAAAAUCAAGUUGUGCUAAUGCUAAUGUUGAAAGUGCUUGCACAACUGCAUUUAAUGGUUAGAUAUGUGUAUGGGAUUCCAUUAAAUAAUUAUGUAGAGAUUACGAUUGUUAAGAUAUAGAUGGAACACUACAUGAUGCAUGUCAAUCAAGAAAAAGUGAUUGUACUGCAGGAAUUAAUGGAAGAUGUGCAAAAAUCUAAAAUUGUGAAUAAACUAAUGUUAGAGCUGCUUGUAUUGUAGGAUUAAAUGGACCAUGUUUAUGGAUAGAUCAAUAUCUAAAUUAAGAUGGUUCUAAAGGGGCUUGUUUCUAAUAUACUUCUUGUUAAAGUUUAAGUUGGAAAACUGAUUAAUAAUGUAAAUAAAUAAAUGAUCAAUGUACAACUGAUGGAUCAAAGUGUGUAGCAAUUACUUUAUGUUCAGAAACCAAUAUUAAUGGAGGUUGUGUCACAGGAUAUGAUGGACUUUGUGUAUAAUCAGUACUAGAACUAAAUUCUCUAGAGCCAGCUGUGUGUUAACCAUAUAAAUCUUGUGAGAAAGUUUUCUACAUAACUCAUGAAUAAUGUUAAUAAGCUAAUGGGAAUUGUACUUCAAAUGGAAAAACUGGUUGCAUAGAUUUAACUGAAUGUUCAUCAUAUUAAUCUUAACUUGGAUGUGUUAUAAAUAAAACUGGUCUUAUUGUUUAAUCUGGAAUUGUAAAGUCAACUGGACUAUGUACUUGGGAUGCAAAAAAUAAUUAGUGUAGAGAUUAAGAUUGUUCUGAUUAUAUCAGAACCACCCAUCGAGAAUGCUUUGAAAUAUUAUCAAUCUGUACUUCAAAUGGAGAAACUUGUAUUAAACAAGAAGUAUGCUCAUCUUACAGCACUUAAGUUGCUUGUGAAACUGCUGUUGGCUCUGAUGGUAUUUGCUUUUGGGAAUAAGCAUCAUUAAAAAAUAAUAAUAAUGCCAAAUGUAGAUUACUUAUUUGUCAAGAUAUUCAAAACAGCUUAUCAAAUAAUGUAUGUUUAGCUUCUUUGCUUUCUUGUGUCAUAGACAAUAGUAAUAUUUGUAUUCCCAAAGCAAAUUGUUCUACAUAUACUUCUAAGUCAGCUUGUAACUAUGGAGGAUUAGAUGGAAUUUGUAUUUUCAAAUAAUAAACUGGUAUAGAUUCUAUUUCUGGAAUUGGAACAUGUACUUUAAUGAGAGACUGUAGUGCAGCCAAUGAUGAUUAGAAUGCCUGUUAAGCAGCAAAAGAUAGAUGCUUAUGGAUACCAGAAUUGAUAAUAUAAGGUCUUGUUACUCCAAGUAAAUGUUCUGCUCUCGAUUGUACUUUAAAUUGGGCAAAAAAUGGUUAUUGCAAUAGAAUUUUAAAUUGGGAUUAAACAUCCUAGUAAAUAUGUAAACUUACUAAUGGAACUUGUGUUGCCAUAAAUCCUAUUACUCUUUCAUCUAGUGAGUGUUUAAAGAUUUCUGGUUAUACAUACACUUGGAAUGCAUCUAAAAAUUAAUGCUAGGUUUGUAAACAACCAAAGCCAAACUCUAGCCAAAAUAAUGAUACAGAGGAAGAAGAAAAGAAUGAAAAUACAGAAUCAACAUCUUCUAACUAAAUUUUAAGUAUAAUUGGAAUAAUGGUAAUAGAUUAUCUAAUAUCGUGA